GUUAUUAUUUGUCGCUGUCAUUUCAAUCUAACCUCAAACUUAUCGAACUCGGAACACUUAUAGUGUUCUGUGAUAUUAAAGCGGUUUCCACUUGUUUUUAAUUCAUUUGUGAUUCGUAUUCCGAACAGCAAACAUGACUCUGCCAGAACCACUGAUUAAACUGUUCAAGCACAUCGACGACAACAAAGCGUCGUACAUCGCAACCCUAAAGGAAGCGGUCGCCAUCCAAUCGGUGUCGGCAUGGGCGACGAAACGCGGGGAGGUCCGCAAAAUGAUCGAAUGGGCGGCCGCCCGCCUACAAAAGCUGGGCGCCCAGACCGAACUCAAGGAACUGGGUAACCAAACACUGCCUGACGGCACCACCCUCGAACUUCCGCCCUGUCUGUUCGGUCAGCUCGGAAACGACCCCAAAAAGAAGACCGUUCUGGUUUACGGACAUUUGGACGUGCAGCCAGCCGCGUUGAGCGACGGCUGGGAUUCGGAGCCGUUUGUGCUGACCGAACGUGACGGCAAACUUUUUGGCAGAGGAUCGUCCGACGACAAAGGGCCAGUUUUGUGCUGGAUUCACGCCAUCGAAGCCUAUCAGGCGUUGGGAAUCGACGUGCCCGUCAACGUUAAGUUUGUUUUUGAGGGUAUGGAGGAGAGCGGCAGCGUGGGCUUGGACGAGCUACUGUUCUCCGAAAAGGACAAGUUCCUGAAGGGCACCGACUACGUGUGCAUUUCCGACAACUAUUGGCUGGGCAAGAACAAGCCCUGCAUCACCUACGGUCUGAGAGGUGUGUGCUACUUCUUCGUUGAGGUCGAGUGCGCCGUCAAGGAUCUUCACAGUGGCGUCUUUGGAGGCACCGUCCAUGAAGGCAUGACCGACUUGAUCUAUCUUCUGAACACGCUGGUGGACAAGGAUGGCAAGAUCCAGAUCGAAGGCCUGUACAACGAAGUGGCCCAACUGAGCGACCACGAGAAGAAAAUCUACGAAAAAAUAGACUUCAGCGUCGAUGAGUACCGUGCGGACGUCGGCUGCAAACAACUCAUGCACAAUGAAAAGAAGGAGGGCAUCCUAAUGCACAGGUGGCGUUACCCCUCCCUGUCCAUCCACGGUAUCGAGGGUGCCUUCAGCGAGCCCGGCCAAAAGACCGUGAUUCCCAGGAAAGUUAUCGGCAAGUUUUCGAUCAGAAUUGUCCCCAAUCAGGAGCCCAAGCAGAUCGAGAAGUAUGUCGUUGAACACAUGCAGAAAAUGUGGGCAAAACGUGGCAGUCCUAAUAAGAUGAAGGCGUUUAUGGCUGAUGGUGGUCAUCCAUGGACGGAAGAUCCGGCUCAUCCUCACUACGAAGCAGCAUCUAGGGCCACCCAACACGUUUACAACGUAGAGCCGGACAUGACCAGAGAAGGUGGUUCCAUCCCUGUAACUCUUACUUUGCAACAGGCCACAGGAAAGAACGUCCUGUUGUUGCCUGUAGGUGCUGGUGAUGACGGUGCUCAUUCGCAGAACGAGAAAGUGGACGUUAGAAACUACAUUGGCGGGACUAAACUAUUGGGUGCCUACUUGUAUGAAGUCUCUCAACUUUAAUGUGCCUUAAUGGUUUUAUUUUAUCAAAUGCAUUAUAUAAUAUUGGCUAGGAAAUAAAGUGUAAACAAGCUCAUAAACAUUUAUUAUAAUAAAACAAGACUGUUAUAUUAAAA